GCUCUUAAAACAAUUUGAGAAACCCACAUCUCUGGAUUUUCCAUUUGUGCCGCCCAUGAUAACGGUAACAUCGAACAUGAGCGAACUUGAAUCGGACACAGAGCCAUUGUCGCCGGCACCCAAAACCAUGAUGGGAGGUGGUGGCGGACCCGGUGGCCUGAUGCCACCCAAUCCGGUCGGCAUGUGCUAUCUAAGUCCGUUUACAAUGUGCACUCGUGCGGAUCGCACAAUAUCGGAGAGCAAUUUAAGCUCGUCGGGUUACUCGAGCAUGGCCAGUCCGGGACCAAGCCGUUGUGGCUCCAGUAAUCCGCUCUAUCCCAACGAAAUGGACGAGCCGCCAGGCAGUGGUCAUUCGGGAGCCGGUCUGUCCUUACAUGUCAAUCUGAUGAAUCGGCGCAAGAGUGCAGUGCUGCCCAGCUGCAAAGAGAACAUCAGCAAUGGUAAGUGUACGGGUUCAGCGGCGGCGGCAGCCGGUGGUGCUAAAACGGAUCGCUUGCAUAGUCAUCGUCCACGAUCCGAUUCGGAAACAUUUUCCGAUGACAUAUUGAUCGAAUCGAAUGAUGAAGGUAUCGGCACAGAUCAUGUGGACGAAAAAUUGGAUGAGACCCGUUUAAGCCAUCGACGAUUUGACAUGUUCUUGGAUGAGGAGGUACUAAUUGAGGUCGAGGAACCGCCACCAUGUACACUGGCCUCAACAUCGGGGGCGUGUAGCUCCAACUGUACAGCUCCCCAAAUGGCCCAACUACAACUGCCUUCAAUUGUGAUACAAAUCGAUGGUUGCGGUGACAAGACCCUAUCGCCGGUAUCAUCACGCUCUGAAAGCCCACUGAGCGAACGUGCCGGUAUCGGACGCUUCUCACCACAUUUCUAUGGCCGCAAAGAUCAGCUACCAUUUACCGACUCCGAUGGAUUAUACGAUUUUCCAUCGUCGGAUGGCAAAGGUGCUUCAUUUACCCAUCAACGACGCAGUAGCAGUAAAAAACGUGAACGUAAAUCAUCGAAAUGUUCGGCAACACAAUCGCCAACGAAACAACAGCUAGAUGUACCCUCCAAGGAGUCGCUGAACACCUCGUCGACACCCACCAGUAUUGGUCACGUCUGCAAUAAGCAUUGCCACUCACAUCACCAUCCAUGCCCUGCCAUUACAGUAACGACGCGUAAAAGUCCCAAACGACGCUUGCUGACACGUCACGCAGUGGCGAGUAGUUCGUCAUCAUCGGAAAGCAUCAAUUCAACGAAAGAGUUGACCGUUAGACCUUUGCCACGACGUUUAAAUUCCCCGAAUCGUGAGAAAAGGCCCCGGAAGCAAGAGAGUCUGAGCGAAGAUGAGGUGGCAGAUUCAAUCUUGAGACGAAUUUCACCCAGCAUUGUUAAGGAGGAGGAUCCGCCUAAACCUAAAUGUAAAAUAAAUCGCUUAAGAGCCAUUGGAAUUCAAAUAAGAUUUUUACGACGCCUUGAAAAAUCGAUUAAAACCCGCGAACGUAUUGUUUCGCCAUCGGAUAGUUGUCCCGAGGAAAAUACCGAUGACAUGGAUUCGCCACAGGCAUCAUCGCCGCUGUUGCAGCCAACAUCGCCGAACAAGACCCGACUGGCAUUGUGUCGUCAGAAACGUCUUCCCAGUGAGGCCUAUGGUAUAACGGCAGCCGAAAUGAGCACCAGCAAUUGGAAGGGCAUGGAUCGUAGUUUGAUUGGAGAUGACUUAGCCAGUGAUUGA